UUUGUAAAGGUCGGGCAUCGGGGAGAUUUCUGGAUAUCAUUAUCUCUCAGCGUAGUACCAACCAACCCUACAACAAAUAAAUCUUGCUCAUGUUUUCCACUCCAAGACAUCACUUUUUAUUUCAAGUUGAGAUUCCUGAUAAGAUUGAUUACUUCCCGAUCCCGACACAAUGUCGGGACUUGAUCCGUGCUAAAUUUCGGAAACAUAUAAGGUUAUUGUGCAUGUCUGACUCUUUCUCCAUUUCAGAGCAACACAUUCUCGUAAAACCAAAUGUAAUUUCCUUAUUCGUCACGAAGUUGCAUGUAUGUAGAUACGAACGUUUAAUUUUUCCAAAUGAAGAAUUCAUUUAUCCCAAAAAAGUUAGUGAAUUUGUGAAAACUUUGAUUAAAUUUCCAGGACAAUUGCUACCUAACUAAAAUGUCUGCCUAUCGUUACUCAACGUUCCUGUUGGCCAUCGUUCAAAUAGUUGUCAACUUUGUCGUCAUAAUUACAUGGGUAUCCGGUCUAGGAGAAUUUGUAGUGGAUGGAAACGUGCUGCUAAUUUCUCGGAAAACUUGUCUGUUUGGUCUUAUCCUGGGAGUUAUCUUACUCUUUGGCGUACUUCAGGAAAGCGAAACAAAAUGCAGGAUGUGGCUGGUAGCGCACUGUAUCUUCCUACUGCUCGAGAUUAUCGUGACGGUGUCAGAUCACGCUUCUCUUAGGCGAGACACGAUAUUCAAAAUUGUUGGUGGGGUUGAAAUUUCAUGCGCCCUCCUUUACGUGGUGAAUGCAUACUUGGAGUAGUUGACUGGUCAAGGAAACAGUGUGAAAGAUGAUGUCAACCGUGUAAAAAGUGAAGAAGAGGAGAAUUCUGUUUGAGACGAUUUAAAUAUUAUUUGAUUUAGCACAUGCAAUAUGUUUGUUUAUAAUUAUCGAAAACUGUUAACUGUAGAAAGUAUAUGCAGGCGGUAUUAUGCAUAAUAAUAUAUUCUUAAUAUGUAUAUGUAUAUACAUAGUUACUGAUAUGUAUUAUGCAUAUGUAUUUCUCAAAACUGCAUAAGAUGUAUUCAAUUUUUUGGACCACAUGAGCUAAAACCGUACGUUUACAGGAAAUGAUAAAAGAUGGAAAAGGAAAUCACUCGUGACAAGUAUCAUACGUAAAGCGACUCCAUUCUUGUCAUAAACAAACUCAUGCAAAUAAUCGUAAAAUUGUAACCUCUCAGUGGAUAGUGUACAAACAGCGUAUAGCCAAUAUUUACAUGUACAUACAUACAUAUGUAGAUAUGUAAAUACAAUUACCUAUACAUGUUUUACACAAAUAAAAUUGGAAUCAAAUCACAAAAAUAAAAUUAAUCGCUGUGUCUCCUUCUAUCCAA